AGCACCUAUGUAGGUACAUAUUCACAUCGCGAUCAUUGGCAAUCGUUCGUAUCGACUUGCAUGUGAUCGUUCGUGACUGUGCAAUAUGGCCCUUUUUUUGGAACGGAAGUCGAAGAACAAACUGCCGGAAACUUCGAAUCGUUCGAAGAAAUCGAACGGUCAAGAUGCAUCAAAUGAAAAUGGUGAUGAUGGACAUUCCGAUGCGCUGGUUGCGGUCGAUGGCCGUGGCGAUGUAGAAUUGCCAGGCGAACCGCUUGGGCGAUAUGAUAAGUUUUUCAUGAAGCUCGGCAUUGUCCGUCGUGAAUCUCGUAUCGGUAUUCUUGGAAUGAUAGCUCUUGCGUUACUCCUGUUCAUAAUUGUGAUAAUUCUUGCCGCCCGAUUAUCAGAGAGACGCACGUUCGACGAGUCUCAAAUAUGUUUGGAACCUGCGUGCCUCGAAUCAAGCGCCGCGCUUCGUUCAAGCAUUAGCAUGGGCGUCAUCCCGUGUGAAAAUAUCUGGGAAUUUUCUUGCGGGAAUUGGGUGGCCAACAAUCCUAUUCCCUCAACGGAGUCUAGCUGGAGCGUUCUUCAGAAGCUUCGAUCUGAAACCCUAAUGCAGUAUCGGACAAUUUUGAACACACUGCCGCAACCCAUGGAUCCUGAAGGACUAGACUGGAAUAUGGUUACGUUUUACAGUUCCUGCAUGGAUCUGGAAAACAUAAAUAUUGAUGGAGCAAGAUACCUGAAGGAUGAUAUCAGAGAACUUGGCGGAUGGGCUGUAAUUAGGAACUGGAAUAGGAAUAGCUUCGACAAGGAUUUGACCCUUCGUCGCUUGCAUGCGAAGUACCAUGUGGAACCCUUGUUUUCGAUUUCCGUGGUACCGGAUGACACCAACAUUGGAAUGAAUAUUGUCAAGAUAUCCCAACCGAAAUUGGGUCUUCCGGAUGGAAGCUUCUAUUACAGGCCUGCUAAUGAUCGGCUGCUGACCGACUACAUACAAUACAUCGAAGACACUGUGAAAGAACUUGGUGCUCCUGGUCCGGAUGCGAAGCAGUUCGCAUUGAAUAUUUUUUACUUGGAGAAACGAAUCGUAGAAUUGAUGCCGCUGCGACAGGAGUAUUCGAAUCCCGUCUUGGCGUACCAUCGUCUCACUUUGGGCGAACUUAGAACCAAAGCAAACGGCGUUCAAUGGCUCGAGAUCAUCAGAGAGAUGUACCCUGACGCUGGUGUGAACCAAAAUACCGAAGUACUCAUCGUUUCGGAGAAGUUUGUCGAGGACGUGUCGCAAAUGUUCUCAGCGAAUGACAUGCAGGGACUGAAUAAUUUUCUGAUGUGGAAGCUUGCUGCCAAGAUGUCCCCUUUCUUGUCCAAAGAAUACCGAGCUUUGUAUGAUUUAUACUCCACCAAAAUCACAGGUGCCGACGCGCAGCAAACGCGAUGGGAUUUCUGCACUGAAGCCCUGGAGAAUGUUUUCGGACAUGCGCUGAAAUCCAUAUUCUAUAAGAAUAUGGAAAAUAGAAGAUCUUCGGAAGAAGCCGUUGAGAAGAUUUUCGCUCGGCUGAAGAGUGUCCUGAGUUCGGAAGUUGAAGGCGGAAGCGGUUUUGAAGAGGAGACGAAAAAGAGCUUCAUUACUAAGCUGAGAAGUAUGAAGCUUCAAGUUGGGUACCCCGAGAACAUGAUGGAAAAGAAGUACCUCGAAAGUUUAUACCAAAGACUGACAGUUCAAAAGAACGGUUUCUACCGUAACAUUUUUUAUGGAGACGAGUACAAACGUUUCGUCGAACAAGAGGCUCUCAUUCGUCCAACGGAUGACUUGCGUUGGCGCGAAGAGUUGCUUUCACGUGUUCCUGUGUAUGUGCAUCGAUCAAAUCUUCUCAUUGUUCCGGCUGAGCUGCUUCAAACUCCGUUUUUCGACGGAAAUUAUCCGCGAUCGUUCAUUUAUGGCAGCGUUGGAGUCAUGAUGGCGCGGGCAAUGCUAUCGGCUGUGGACGAAAUUGGUGUACACUACUCAGCAGAGGGCAUCCUCGAAUUCCCGUCCAGUGCAAUGACGUUGAACAUUUCGCCCAUACAAACCUGUGUGAAUGAAUCCUUAGCCGAAAUCACUGACCUUCCGCUUGUCGUGGAUAGUGUGAUGAACUGCACGGCCAAAGACAUUGGAGGGCUGAAUCUCGCCAUGAUGUCCCUCGAUGAUUCUUUGGAAGAAGAGGCUGAGCUUCCGCAACCCGGAGUGCCUUUUGAUCCAUUUGGGAUUUUUUUUACGUCAGCUGCGAAUAUUUUCUGCGGUUCUGCGAAAGCAAAACAGGAAGAAAUCGACUCAGUCGUGAAUCAGUGCCUACCCAAUAAACAGAGAUUGAGGGAAGCAUUCCGACACGUUUCGGAAUUCGGCGACGCUUUCAGUUGCAAUGGACAAGACUGGAGCAGCAGCUCACCAAAGUGCGAUGGCAUCUUCUAUGGCAUGGAGCGAGUCGCUUUUACGUGCCUUGCGGUUUAUCUGUUCUACGUGACCGGUGUCGUGUGUGUUCAUGAUGAUUUCUCGAGCGCAGUAGCAGUAGAAGAUGUCGCGAACUGCGUGACGACCGAACAUGACAAUGCGUGGCACAUUUCCUGCUCGUCCCAGGAAUCCUUGGACACGUUUUGCUCCAAGGACCCGCAGUUGCCGGUGAAGUCGUUGCAGUUGUCUGCCUCAACUUCCGUUGAUUUAUCAUGUCUGAAGAAAUUCAAGGAUCUGAGAGAAAUCAGUUUGGAUCUGAACCACGCGAAAGGUUCUCACGUCCUUGCUCAGUCUCUCCUGCAGAGCGUCGAAGUUUUGAUGAUCAAGAAUACGGAUUUAAGUGGGGAAGUCGUGCGUUUUUCCGGCGGGAAGAAACUACAGAAGUUGGUUCUGCAUUCGUGCGGAUUGGACAACGUUGAAUGGAUCCGGAAAAUCGUGUCAUCCGCGUCACGCAAUUUUCGAACACUGGAUUUGUCGAACAACCGCCUGAACAUGAUGGAUCUGUGCAAAGUGUUCUCAAAUUCACAUCUAGAGGAGAUUCGUAUGCAGGGAAACGACUGGCGAGGUAGCUUGCCGAAAAAGUGUUUCAACGAUCACGUGAAGGUGUUGGAUUUAUCUUCAAACCCCGGAAUGGAUCUGUCGUUGACCUCUCUUCCCGGCAACCUUGUCGACUUGAUUUUACGCUCCAACGCACUGCGGCGAAUCCCGAUGUCGGUUAUUUCGAAAAUAAUUACCCUGAAGUCUUUGGACGUCUCGGGGAAUGACAUUAUUUGCGACUGCGGUGCAAAAGCCUUCGCGAAUGCGAUGUCUUCUGGGGGAGCGAAAGUGACUGGCGCUGUUUGUGAAUUCAGUGGUGGAGAAAUCGUGGAGGUUGUGUCUGAAUUAAACUGUGUUCCAGUGACAGUGAAUGCCACGUCGAGCAAUGGUCCGGUUCGCUCCGGACACGCGGCCAUUUUGACGUGCGAUCCGAAUGAUCCCGCGGCGUCCAUUACGUGGGUCACUCCGAAGAAUUUAGUGUUGCAUUGGUUCAGUCCGGACAAUUCGAGUGAAUUCGUGCAUCAUCCGACGCUUCAUCUAGAUGUCGUGGAACCUGUUGCGAAGCCGGAAGCUUUCUCUCGGUUUGUGCUCGACAAGAAUGGAAGACGACUCGUUGUUCACGAUUUCAAUAGACGCGACGUGGGUUUUUACCAUUGCGUAGUGGACAACGGAUUCUCCAACGACAGUCACGUGUUUCGCGUGCACAUGCAUCAUGAGAAUAUGUUGGACCUCGAGCUCUCGAGUAUCAUUACGGGGGCAUCUUUUAGCGUGUCGUUUUUCUUGCUGGUGUUGAUCGUUCAGCUGGCGAGGAUGAUGGUGGAUCGUUGGGGAUGUUGUUGUUCUGAUAAUAUCUCGCCGAGGGCCAAGCGGGUUGGCAAAAUGAUACAGGCCUUGGAAGCUUAUCGGUGUCAGCAAAUGGAGUGGCUCAGAGAAAGUUACGGAAUGCAGGUAAAACGCUUGAGAGAAUAUUCCGCUCAACAAAUGGGUUGGGUGCACGAGAGCUAUAUGCAAGGCCGUUUGCGGGUGCGUCGUUACACCGGUCAGCAAAUGGUUCGCCUCCGCGAGACCUACAAAAUCCAGCAGAAGACCUUCAAUAAGAUCAUCGAGAAUAUGCCCGACUUGCGUCCAGAUGCCUGUCGAACACGCAUCGACGACGACGACGACCUUGACAUCGACGACGUGGAAAUCGAUCUCAGAUUCCUGGACCAAAUCGUCGCCGAGCCUCCGGAAGUUGACGGUGUUGACAUGGACGACGACGACGAUGACGAAUCGUCGCGGUAUUACACUCCGCCAGAUGGCCGUUCUCCGGAACGCGUUGUUGUUCCACAGAGCCACCGAAGUGUGGAGGAAGAAGAAGAGGAGGAGGAUGCGGACGAAGAAAGGAAUGCGUUGUUGCCUGUUGUGAUUGAGAGCGACUCUGUGUUGCCCAUUGUGAUUGUGGAGCAGGCGUGCCCUGUUGAAGAGGGUGAAUGUGCGGAGGAAUCGAAUGCGAUUUGCACAGAGGAACAUGUUUAAUCUAGGGAAGGGAUAUUGGUCUCUGUUUUAUGUUGAUCCCAUCACCUUUUUUUUUUUUUGCGUGGUGGAAGAAGAUAUGGAUUGCUGAAAGGAUUCAUUGCUACUUAUCAGUGGGGGAAUGUAUGCGGGGGGAAGUUUUCCGAGUAGCCUGAGAUUUUCAGGAAUCGCACAUGCGUUCAAGUGUGCAUACUUUCUCUGUUUGUUCUACAGUUGAUGUAAUUUAGUCAUUUGGAUUUAGAUCGAUUGUCUUUUGACUUACCCGUAUUGCCGUAAUUCUGUGAUCUUAUUUUUUAAUGCCUCCUUUUUUAUUUAGGGUUCCUCCUGCAAGUAAACACGGAAUUUCAAUGUUACUAGCCAUCUGCAAUCAAUCAAUCAAUCCAAGUUUUAAAUAAAAGUGCAAUGAUAAUUAGUGAAUCAGUUCAUUGGCGCGGUUUGUAUGGAUUUCUUGGUGGAAGUGUUUCAUUGAGAAUUGUCUCAACGAUAUACACACCAGAGAGCAAUAAAUACUUCUCGAAAAUCUCACGCGCAUUGAGAACUUCCUGCAAUUACGCGUUGUAUAUUUGUCAAAAACAUUUUUUUUUUAUUGGGUAGAACGCGGAAUGCUUGAUCUUCACUCAUUCUGGUUUGAGAAGUGCUGUGUUCCGGAAUGAUAUGCCAGAGCUUUUUGAAUGGGAAGAAAUUUUUAUUUAAACCGCACA